AUGGCUUUUCCUAACGGUGAGGCAGCCAACUUUAAGAUGAUCGCGGAAUUGAUACCAAGGUACGAUGGCAAUACAAAGAGAUUAAACCAUUAUAUCAGAGAAAUUGAAAAUAUUUUUAAUCUUUUGGACGAUACUGCUAGGGUACAUCCGGCAAUUACAUGUCUCAUAAAGAGUAGAUUAAGCGGUACCGCGAUUGAUGCGAUAGCAUACCAAGAAACUCUUAAUUCUUGGGAAACUAUUAAAGAUGCGCUCGUACGUAGAUUAAGGGAACCUAGGAAUGAAAUCCAGGUUAUGCAAGAGCUUAGUAGGGUGCGGCGCAACAGAAACGAGGACGCCGAGACACUUGGUAAGCGACUUCGAGAAAUACUAGAUACACUAUUUUCUGUAGGCACACAUACCAAUAAAUCGUACUACGAAAACAUGGUAAUAGAACAAUACACGAGUAAUUUAGAUUUCCAAGUUUCUAUAGCGGUGCGAAUAGCACAACCCACCACAUUAGAAUCAGCCAUAGUAAUAGCGAGACAAGAGGAAACGAAACUUUCCUUUAAUAAGACAUUCAAUAAUAAUAAUUAUAGUGCACCAUCAACAUCGGCUCAGGCAAAGUUUAGAGAACCAAUACGGGCUAUAAAUCGGCCUCAAAAUUCCCUACCGCUUAGGUUUGGUAACUCAGGCCCCAUGCCAGACGAGUAA